AUGGCCCGCAGUACAUCUUUGAAGAUAACACCCGCUCCGUUCCGCUCGUCGAACCUCGCGAUACCUCCAUCGCCGUUCUCUCCUCGCUUGCCCAUCACACCACCACCAGCAGCGCCUAGACCCGCUUCGGGCACCGCAUUCAGACGGCCUACAUACAAUCUGACCAGCUCACCUCCUCCAAACCCGCUGCAAUGGCUCUGGACCUGUCACAUGUGCCACGUGACCUACCCAAUUGGCGCUACCAGACGAUGCCUUGAUGAUGGACACUUCUUCUGCUCUGGCACCACGACAAUCAAGGCCUGGCGGAAGAGCGUGUCGCCCAAACGGCGGGUGAAGAAGCAUCGGGCCUGUGCAUCUGAGUUCGACUACAGCGGCUGGAAAGUCUGGGGCGAAUGGCGCAGGGAGGAACAUGCAGCGUCGGAGGCCUUCGAUGACUUCACCAGCGGAUCAAGCUUCAGCGACGACGAGAGCGACAGCGGCGCUAGCUGCUGCUGCAGUGACGAGUGUGCCCCGCCUCCAUCCGGAUCGACGAAGAAGGACUGCUGGAACAAGUGCGACUACCCCAGCGAGUGCCGCUGGGGAAAGCAGUUCGGCGUCCAGACGCCUCCUAAAAUCCAGACACUCGUCGUUACGUCCUCAGAAACAUUCUCACAGCCUGAGCUCCCGCCCGCGCCGGCGUCCCAACCGCCUACCAGCUUCGAGUCCAUCCUCGCAAAGAACAACAUUACUCAGAUUCAGUCGUCUCCAACAACGCCCAAGUCAGCCGGUGCCAACAAGGCAGACUUCUGGGGCGCGCUCCUCGCGUCCGCCAACCGCCGCAAGAGCGCAAGCACCCUGGCUCCCAGCCCGCUCUCGCUGCACCCCAUAACAGAGGAGACCGCGAGCAUCUCUGUGCCAGAGCCCGCUUUCGUACCCCCGUCAUCUCCGUCGACUGCAAUGACUUCGCCCGUAGCGGCCGCUGACGCGUUGUUUGAGCAAUCUAAACAUAUGCUGUUGACCGCGCCAUUGAAGAGCGGGACAUCGGCGCUGAAGCUCGCGACGUUGAACUUCUCAAUUCCACAGUCGAGCAUUAGGAACGGGGCUGCGCCAGUCAGUAGCGAUAUGAGGAGUACUUCGGCUUUGAGUCUGCCGGGGGAGCCGAUGGAGGGGGUAGAGAUGAGUUAUGUUGGGCAUCUUAGGAAGCAGGAUAGUGGGUAUUUCAAUUAG